GCCGUUUCAUCGCUUCGCACGUUUUGAGACGGAUGGUAGUGGUGUAAUAAUUUUAUUGGAUUUUGCGUUAUUCUCUUCAUUUUCCGGUCCAAGUUUCCUCCAGGAACCUAGAUCACAUGAUGUCGAGCGAGAGGGCCACGGUCAACGGGACGGGGGGCCGGGGGAGGGGCCGAAGAUCCCGAGGGGGUACUACAAACAACAAUACGCCAGUCGUUAGUGAUGACGGGGCCCAACCCGGCACUAGCUCCUCUGGGUCCAGCCCUUCCGAUUCUCAACCGCCUGUCGUUGUUCCCAAACCAACCCCUAAAUCCUCGAAAACAAUGGGCACAAGCUUAAAAAGAAUCCAGAAAGAACUGGCAGAAAUCACCCUGGACCCUCCUCCGAACUGCAGUGCCGGACCUAAAGGAGACAAUAUGUAUGAGUGGGUGUCCACGAUACUCGGACCUCCUGGCUCAGUAUACGAGGGUGGAGUUUUCUUCCUUGAUAUCCAUUUUGCACCAGACUAUCCGUUUAAACCUCCGAAGGUGAUGUUCCGAACUAGAAUCUACCACUGCAAUAUCAAUAGCCAGGGUGUGAUCUGUCUGGAUAUCUUAAAGGACAACUGGAGUCCAGCCUUGACCAUCAGUAAGGUCCUUCUAUCCAUUUGUUCCCUACUCACCGAUUGUAACCCUUCAGAUCCUCUGGUCGGCAGCAUCGCCACACAGUAUGUCCAGAAUCGGCCCGAACAUGAUCGCGUAGCACGGCUUUGGACAAAGCGAUUCGCCACAGGAUUAUAAGGCCAGCUGUUAUAGGGUAUUAUUGUGACCGAUGGUGACAGAGAUCUUUCAUUCCCAAAGUCAUCAUGAUUUCGAACAAUAUGGGAGUAAUAAACUCUGAUUUCACAAAAAAAAACUAAACCAAAGGUUUUUAAAGGGAGAUUACUCUUUAUCUUAUGUCUCAUGAGGGCGGACUUAUUAUUAUUAUAUUUGCUCUUUUUUUUUGGAGGAAAAAUACUUGAGAACUGAUUAAUCUGAUGUUGAUGCAACGUAUCGAUCAAAGGCCGAUAAACAAUUACUGUGCAUUAGCAGAAGAUUCAAUUUCAGGAAGAAAAGACAAUUUCUGAAAUUUUGGAGGAAUUCUUUCUUCAAGAAUAUAUGUCUGAAAACCCCUUUUUCCCCUCACUGGAUAAUCUGAUAUAUAUUUUAAGUGAUUUUAAGGUUUUAAUAUGGUAUUGUAUUCUUUUGUGGAUAUGCUGUUAAAAGUGGUCUACAUGUUGCCGCAGUUGUCUACCUUAGUUCAUUUGGAAAAGUUUUGUUGAAGGGUCGGUGUUCAUUAGACUGUGAUUAUUGUCCCAUUUCUAAAGACCAGGUAAUUCUAGGGGAGACCUGGGAGUUCUGGGAUAGACCUGUGAAUUCUGGGAUAGACCUGGGAAUUCUGGGAUAGACCUGGGAAUUCUUGGAUAGACCUGGGAUUUCUGGGGUAGACCUGUGAAUUCCGGAAUACCUCUGAUUCACUCAAAAAAAGCACUAAUUCAACAUGGAUUGUAAAAGUUUUUAGUUGGAAUUCUUUAAUGAGAACUCGAGUGUUGUAAGAUUUUCAGCCUGUUGAGAUGAUGUUUUUAACCUAGUGACUUUUGAAAUUGUCAAAAAGUUAAGAAUCAAAAUGAUCUGAAUGCAGAUUUCUGGAUAUUCUACGGUUGGAUUUCUUUUUAUAGAAAUUUGUUUGAAGAAAUGAUUAACUUGCCCAUGUGACUAUAGAGGGCAGGAUUUGUAAGGACAGAUGGUGCUUCAAGAGUUAUCCUGUCCAUUCUCUUAAGCGAUGGACAAAUUGUGUGCUACAAUAAGUGUGUUUAAUGGUAAUCCAUACCAAUCCUGUUUCAGAAAGGAAAGUACAAAUUAUUAGUAGAUUUUUGCAUGUUUGUAUGAUUAAAUUGUACAAAUAGACUUCUAUUGAGGUACAGUUUUGUAUGUGUGUUUAGAAGUUCCAAACUCAUUGUGGUUUUAUGUAUAACUGGUGACUGAUUCUGUAACUUCCUAUUCAUGUAUUUACUGUUAAAUGAAAAACUGAUCGGGAUUUUGAUGAAAUAUUUGAAUAUUGCACAAGAUCAUAAAGAAUUUUUCAAAUGAUGUGAUAAGAAUUGUACAAAAUGACAAAUGAUCAGAUCAGUGAUAAGAAUUGUACAAAAUGACAAAUGAUCAGAUCAGUACAGGCUCUAAGCUGGUGAUUACAAUACAAAGGGAGAUAACUCCAAGAGUAAAAACUGAUGACAGAAGGGAUGUUACACAAUGGUAAUACAAAUCAAUUUUCCUCGACGGAAAAACAAUUUCAAAUCUCUCCACCAUGAUCUGAACAAAGAAAAGUCUCAUUUUGCAGUUGCUAUAUGGUUAGUAUAUCUUCACCUACCUCCAACUUUUCACCCACCAUCACCCCCCAAACCCCACCACCAACUUUGUACUGGCAAAAUAUUGGUUGAUCUUAAAUAGGUUUUUAUGUUUUUGAAGUAUAUGAUGUGGCUAGGAAGAUACAGAUUUAGGUAUUACAAACGUGUGUGGGACUCGAGACACAAUGUGUCCAAGUAUACUGUCUCGGAACGAGACGUAGCUGUGAGUGGUCGGAGCAUAGAUAUGUUCAUUUGGAGUUGUGUACAUGGACGUGCUUUCUACCUACAUGUCAAUGAUGGGUAGGUUUAUGAAAUUCAUAUUGUACAUUUUCAAAUCUAUUAAGUUAUGUUUAUGAGAGAAUGAAUGAACCUUUGCAUAAUGUAACUGUAUCUGUUGAGUGGAACCAAACUAGUCCAGAGACUACACUUUUUUCUAGUAAUUUACCCCACUAAUACUUAAUACUGAUGGUUAUAUUCAUAGAAUUUUUUCUGACAAAAUAGGAUUUUACAAUUGACUCAUCUCUGGAAAGGAAAAGACAGCAUUCCCCUUGAUUACAACACUGUUGAAAGCAUUUGUCAAAAAUAUUGUUUCCUUUUUUAAAAAGAUAAAAACAAAUUCCAAACACUAUACUGAUGAUGAUGGCAACAAAAACAUAUUUGAUGAUGUUUCAAGUUCACGAGAAUCUGUGAAGUUUGUUUCAUCUUUUAAAUUUGAGUUGCUGUGUGCCAGUUGUUGUAGUUUUUCUGUCUCGAUUAAAGAAAUAUCAUAUAUAGAGAAAAUCUAUUUAAAGAAAUAGCUAGUAGUGUAUUAAAAGUUAAGUAUUAUUCCAAAAAAGGAUAAGUUAUUUUGAUAAGGUUUCUUUUUUCUUUUUCUUUUUUCUUCCUCUAAUGAAAAUAUAAAGGGGACUCAAUAUACAAGCAAGUUUGAUUUUCCAAGAAAUGUUCAAAGACGGGGUUGUUUCCCUUUGAAUGUUUCUUUACUCUAACAGUAGUCUAAAGUUAGACCUUUAAUAUCCUUUUUGCCAAACCUGUUCUUUGUUGUGUUAUGUAAUUUGUAAAAGUAUAAAUAAAAGUUUAGUUACAAUCCUGUUUGAAUACAAAUUGAAAAACAAAAGCAACACAUACAAAAAGAAAUAAGAACAUCCUGAAACACUCCAUUGACUUGAAGGGCUGGUGAGCUUAUGCCAUGGUGUAAAAGUCCAUCCUAAAUGUCAACUGUUAUUCAACACACUACCAUAUUCAACCUAAUAUGUGCACCUGCCUCUAUAAGUUCACCCCACCUUUCAUCAGGAAAUGGAUGUGCUAAUUAAAACAUAUGUAACUUUGGAAAAUAGUAGCCGCAAUAUAACGCUUGGCUAGAGAGAUCUUCUCUUUAGCUCAAUCAGUUGAGUGUAGACUAGUAAGCCAGAGGUCCCAGGUUCGAUCCCUAGCGGAGGCAGUGAUUUAGAUUUAAUUAAUCAUGCGCUCUGUUAUACACAUAUAAAAAGUUCCUUACCUCAAUGAUCUGCCAAUGAAAUCCCCAGCCUUUUAACAAAGACUCGGGAUUAUUUUCGCUACAUUAAAGUAUGUCAAUGACAAAUAAAAGUUAUAUUUUUCCACACAGAAACUUUUCCUUGUUCAUGGUUUUGUUAAAUGCACCACUUUUGUGUUUUUGAAGUGCAAAGUGAGCUAAUUUGGUUCAACACAGUAUAUAUGUAGCCCAUAGAAUCCGCGGGGAAACAAAGGACUCAAUCUAGUAUAAUCCAAAGAUAUGGAACCAUUGAUAGUGUAUUAUAUAGUUUCCUUUUUUAUUGAUGAAGGAUGUAUUUUAACAUGUGUCUGGGACAUUAGUUGGUUAAGGAAAUCCUUGGCACAAGGAAAUAUAAUGGAAAAUAAAGGAAAGGGGAUUGUCUCCCUUGUUACUUCAAGAUAAAUCAAAUUAACUCUAGUGAGAGAUACGGGCCCAUUGGGCCUCAUCAUUUAAUGGUUACAGAAUUUCUUGUAGUUUGGCAGGUCAACAUAUUUUUUUCAGAAGUUUCAAAAUAUUUGAUAGCACUGCAAGAACUACAGGGUAUAUGAAAUAUUAUUUACAGAAUAAUCCUACUUCAUUUAAUUGCAAAGUACAAGCUUAUGCUUAAAAAACUGGUAAAAUUACAACGUUAGAAUCUAGUGAAAAAAAUCCUGGUAAUAAGAAAAUAUUGAUUUGUAAUUAAUGUAUGCCCAUAAUGGUAAUUGUUACCACAAACAUUUAUAUAAUCCAUGUUGAUACUAUUGUAAAUACUAUUUUAAACUUCUGAAUAUGUUGAAAUCAUUCCUAUUGUCUCAAAUAUAAUAAAUGUUUGGUUUAUACUAAAAUAUAUCAGAAAUUAACUCUGGAUAGGUUGUGUACACGAAAAAUAUACGAACAUGUCAGACUUGGAAGUGUUUUGUAAGUGUGAAUGGGUGGUUACACAAGGGAAAAACUGAGUUAGUGAGGAGGAAUAGUUAUUGUGAAAGUAAAUAUAUGUGUAUGUGAGGAAUUUUCAUGUUUUCUGGAAGUGAGAGAGUAUAUAUCAUGCCAUUUCACAUGUUAUAUAAUGCCAUUAUGUCAUUGAUAAAUAUUUUUAAAAUUAUGUCAUUACUAGAGUUAGUUCCCUUGAAUAAGAUUUAUUUAAUUUGCUUUCUGAACAAUUUCUAAAGAAUUCUUAUGAAUUAUGUCAUUGUUGUACGAGUUCAGAGUUCUUGUUGAUCUAAAAUUUAAUGUUAUUAUUCAAGGGAGAUAAUUCUUGUUGCAAGUAUUGUUUAUUAUAUGAAGACUUAUUGAUCAAUGCUAUAUAUAAAUAAAAAUGUUGAAAAUGUCAAAUAAAUCAUG